AAGAGAAAAGAAAGGGAGGAGGUUUAACCGGGCUGGGAGACCGAUCGAUCGAGGUAACAAUGGCCGCGCCAUUGAGCGACGAUGAGAUCCGGUUGAUGGUGGAGCAAGGCGUGCAUCGACCCCUGGAGGAGACCAUGAGGAAGCUGCAGUCCGCGGUGCCGGACGCGCUGCGGGCCAAGGGAAAGGGGCUCCCCACGCUCAAGCAGCUCGAGUGGGCGGACGACACCGAGCGGAGUGCCACGCGCGUCGCCCAGGACAUGGAGCUAGAAGGGAUGAAACAUAUCAUCAAACUUAGCUACAACGAUCUUCCUCCUCAUCUCAAGCCAUGCCUAUUGUAUCUGAGCAUAUUUCCUGACAACCAUGAGAUCGAAAUAGAGCGUCUUGCGAGGCGAUUAACUGCAGAAGGGUUCAUCAGUGAAUGCUGUUACAGAGAUAUGGAGGAAACAGCGACAGACUACAUAAAUGAGCUCAUUGACAGAAACUUAAUCCAGCCAUCACGGCUGAACCAUGAUGGCACUCAUCGGAGCUGCGUUGUUCAUCCAGUAAUACAUGAUUUCAUCGUGUCCAUGUCCAUGGAAGAUAAUUUUGUUACUCUGGUACAUGCUCAACAGAAAUUUGCCCCACGUGGCUAUCGCACCAUCCGACAUCUGUCCUUGUUGAACAGUGGUAAAUAUGACCAGGCUGCUGCACAAAUCGAUGGGGCGAAAAUUUCUCGUGCUCGCUCCAUCACCGUAUUUUCUCACACCGGGGGCAUGCCUCGUCUGAAUUAUCUCAGUGUGCUGCGAGUUCUGGACCUCGAAGACUGUGAAGGUCCACUGUGCCUCGAUGGUCUCUGCGGAUUGCUGCUUCUGAGGUACUUGAACCUCAAGGGAACAGAUGUCAGCAAGCUCCCAGCAAAGAUUGGGGAGCUAAGAUGCCUAGAGACACUGGAUGUGAGAUCCACAAAGGUAAAAGAGCUACCUCCCAGCAUUCUCAAGCUGGAAAAGCUAAAGCAUUUGCUUGCUGGGAAUGCAAGGCUGCCGACGGGGAUAGGCAAGUUGAAGUCAGUGCUGACAGUUUCGUGCAGAAAUAUCGGGAAGAGCACCGAUGUGGAUAUCCUUCAAGAGCUCGAUGAAAUGGCAAGCUUGAGUGAACUAGAACUAUUUUGUAAUUUUACACAGAUUUCUGGGGAUAAGAGACAAGUCACGUUUCCGAGUGACGGAUUUAAGAGUCUUAGGAAGCUUUCCAUUCGAUGCAACUCGCCAUCAGUGACCUUCAUGACCGGCGCUCUAUCGAAGGUUCGAGUGCUUGAGCUGAAGUUGGAACAAUGCGUUUCGGAGAAGUCAAGAGGUGUGUCUGGCAUAGAGCAUCUGCUGCAUCUGAAGCGCAUGCUCAUGGAGUUUUCGCAGCAUGAUGCGGGUGCUGCAGCAGCAAUGGCUGUAGUCAGGAAGGUUGUUGAGACAGUCCACCCAAGCUGUGAAGUGAUCACCGUAAACGCUGAUAACUACUAG